GCUUAGAGUGCAGGAAACUCGCUCCACCCAUUCGGUCGUCAUCUUCUGUGUCGUGAGAACGCAGUUCUCGAUUCGGUGUGGUUACUUUUUGUCGUACGUCGUACCUAUCGCUAUCGAAGCCAGCAUGAUGUCAUGCGUUUUACGAAUGAUUUUAAUUAUACAUGAAAUAUCGAUACUCUUCACCCAUUUUUCGGUCUUUCGUCCUUGUCGUGCAAAAAUCAGAAUGAUGCGUUUCUUUUCGUAUAGAUAUUUCGUCCAUCUUAAUAUUCUUGUCGUCCUGUGUAUACUUUGUUUUCCUUUUCGCUCUUCACCCUCCAUCUCGGUUUUCUUGUUUCUGUUUGCAGAAUCUGUUCCCUUGCAGAAGCCAUACAGAUUGGCAUUGUGCUUGUCGUCUUUGUGAUGUAGUUGUAGUUCGUAUUGCUUGACAAAAUCAUCAAAUGCAAAUAUACUACAGGUUUGCGUGAUCUUCGAAGCAGAUCUAUUAUUGGAUGACCAUUCGUAGCAACCCAACUGCUAGGACAAGCGCAUCCCCCCCUGUUGCAUAAAAAUUAUGGAAGUUGUGUGCCAGCAGCUAAUAUAUCUUAUCAUUCACCGUCACCACCAUCAUCGAAGAUUUUAGGAAGCCGAGCGGGCAUAUUACGCAAUUCCCAAUCAGAAGUCGUAUUUAGUCCUCGUCCCGUUGUUUGAUGUUUUGUGACUUUUUGUUUUUGCUUUUCCAUUUCCAUAGAUAAAUUAAAAUUUGAAAAACUAAUACGCGUAGCACUCAUGGACAACACCAGGAACAGCACCAACGCCACUGCAGCACCGACAGGAGCUCCUGUCGUAGACCCCCCGACGGAAGAGCAAAUAACGCCGAUGUUGCAGCCUGCCAAGGGGGUCGGAGCAGUACCCGACAACAUAAUUUCCCCCGCAGGCGCAAGAAUCUUCGCGAAUAUGAAUGAAGGUAUUGAGAGGAAAAAUCCCCCCUCCCCAUAUCGAAAAGGUAUCUUUCCGAAAAUUUGUGUUGCUGAUUUGAGGUCACAAAUCACAUUUGUCUUGCAAGAAGACAAGGGCAGAAGCUUCCGCCUUAUUAUGGAAGCGAUUUGUCAUGCUCUUGGGCCUAAAGGUCAGCCGUUUGCAAUGCUGAACAACUAGACCCAUACGCCCCUAGCUAGCCUGGGGAUCUGGUCGCAGUGCCUUCCUGCAAUACAAAUCUGAUUUGUGUACGCAAAUCCAGCAUCACAGAUCUCCUUUUUGAUAUGGGGAGGGGGGAUUUUUCCUUUUCAUAGAAGGGAAGGGCCCAUUGCAGCAAGAGGUGCAGCAGCAGCAGCAGUUUCCAGCCACGAGAAACGGGAGGCAACCGAAACUGUAUCGCAAGAAAAUAAAACUGUUUCACUGUAAACUUGUGAUGCAGAAAAUGUAUCUGAGAACGAGAAGUGUUUCUCUACUUGCUACACAUGCGAAGACAAGGGAUAAUUUUUAGCUGUGUUUUCCCUUAGGAAUCUCGCAUGGCAAAUUUUCCACCCUGUAAUGACAUAGAACAAACUUGUGAUGCAAAACUUGCAAAAUCUUUACAGUGAAACACUACUUUUUUCGUACGAUAAACUGAUGCAGGAGAACAAUAAGCCGGAUCCGUAUGGCCGACCGCGGAACCCCUCCCGUUGUGACUGGUUUGUUGGUAUCAAAUGCAAAUAUGUCUGGGUCUGGGAGGAUGGAACUUGUCAUGCUGUCUUUGGAUUCCAAGAAAAUCUGUAUUGCGUAAGGAGCAAGAGGAGUCCAGUUUAUGCUACGCGGAGGGGGUAUUCCUCAUGCGGUAUAGGCAUCAGGAAGCCCUCGCAAAAUCUCCGAUGCUAGGUCAUGCAUUACAGGCAUCAUCGUUCACGCAAAAUGUGCAUGACAAGUGUUCCAAUCUUCCAAACCCAGACACUUUUGCAGUUGAUAGUUGGCAAGUAUUGCUGUGCCGACCGCGCACCCGUGGAAGCCGCAUCCGCACAGGUGGGGUGCUGCUACUGUGACCGAAGCUAUUACCUAUCAAAUGCAAAAAUGUCUGGGUCUGGAAGAUUACCAGGUUUGUCAUGUAUAUUUUGAAUGACCCAUGAUGUCGGUGAUGCACGCCCUAGCAUUACAGAUGCCUCUGCCGCAUGAGAAAUGCCCUUUCCGCGUAGCACAAACUGGAGUUCUCUUGCUGGUCAUGCAACACAAAUUUUUUCAGAAUCCAGAGACAGCAUUACAAGUUUAGAACCUUCCAGACCCAGACAUUUUUGCAUUUGAUAUUGCCCGAGCUUCAUCGAAAGAUUUGCGGGCUGCUGCUGCGCCUGCUGCGGCCUGGGGCUGUGCGUCACGGUAUUGAAAGGAAAAAUCCCCCCGCCCCAUAUUGAAAACGUAUCUUCUGAAAAUUUGUGCUGCAGAUUUGUGGCCACAAAUCUUGUCUGUUUUGCUAGAAGGCAAAUCCAGGCUCUCUGCCACGCUAUGCAGGCGAUUUGUAAUGCUGUAAGGACUACAGGGCAGCCGUCUAAGUACCACGCUAGGCGUCUACACCAAUAGGCCUCUAUCUAGGCUUGCGAUCUGCGUGCAGUCCUCUACCGCAAGACAAAUCUGAUGCGUGUACGCAAAUCCAGCAUCACAGAUCUCCUUUUCGAUAUGGGGAGGGGGGAUAUUUCCUCGUGAUACACGGGGAACUGGGACGGACUCUGGUCCGCUUCGUUCAAGUUCAACCUGUAUCCUGUGUAAAAACGCCCCCACCCCACAGUUGUAAUGCGAAUCUCCAUGCUUAGAAUAAAUGUUUCUCAUGCGGAGACGCAUGAGAAGCAUGCUCUAGUAAAUUGUGUUUUGAGGUUUGUGAUGCUCAAAUCAGCAUGAUAAACUGGAUUUGUGAUGCUCCUGCACUAGCUAAACACGACUAGUACACUACGAGCCCAAAUUUGUUAUGCGCAACAGCCAAUGGUUGGUGAUUUGUGUAGCAGAUUUCAUCCCAUCUUGUUGACUAUGGGGUGGGGAGGACGUUUUUACACAGGAUAGCCUGGGCCUCUUCGCUUUGAUCUGGUGUUUGCACGCCUUUUCUUUCGUUUUCCAGGCACUCCUGGUCGCGGCCGCGAAUCAAAGUAUCUGGACCAUUCUCCCCGCGGCGCUCCUGCCGGUGUACUGGGUUCCGGUGGGCGUCCUAGAGCCGUUUGCCGCUUUGCUGUCGCACCUCCGCUUUCUGAAUCAGGAGCUUGCGUACGUGAGCUUGCUCGAGUAUGGAAGCGUCAGGAUUGAAAGCGUCAAAGUUGAAAUGAUUUGUGAUGCAUAAAAUGCAACCCACAAAGUGCCUGUCUUGCAGAGUAGGCAAGGGAGGCAGAUUGCAAGCCUGUUGAGGGGUAGAAAUAGAGCUGCUAAAGUAGCAUGACAAAAGGCGUCUUCCUUACCCAAACAGCAUUACAAACUGGAUUUAGGCACCACCAAAACUUGUCAUGCGCCACUUGAAAACUGGGCUCCAACUGGCAUCCAUUUUAUGCAUGACAAACUAUUUCGUUGGCGAACGUUAAACGCACCUGCUGGCGAGAAGUAUGGACCGUUGGCGAACGUUAAACGCAUGCUGGCGUAGUGAGGACUGUGUGCGAAAGUAAGGAAAAGGCAGCGUAAGUAGUUGGAUGUGCCCGGGGAUGAUGGUGAUGGCUUCGGUCCGCCUGACUCCGCGACCUGGUGGCCGAACCACGUGCGGUUCGGUGCCCUUACAGGUUGUGUAGUGGUUUCGGUCGGUUUAGCAUGACAAACUAUUUCAACUCUGACGAUUUCAAUCCUGACACAUCCAUAUCGAGCACAUCCGAGCCGGCGGCACGCCCGAGGACUGGGGCGGCCGCCACACGCACACGAUUGAUGCGCACGAUCUUGGUAUGAAAGUGCACAACUUCAUCCCCUCCCCCUCAACAUUUGUAUUGCAGCAUGAACAGCAAUGCCAGCGUUAGCAAGAGUACCUAGUACAGGUCUUGCAUGACAAAUUUGGACUACAGGCGUGUAGUGCUAUUUGGGCUGCCGGAACUUGUCAUGCAAACAGUGCUAGACGCCCAGGCGUAAACUAGCUAUUUUGCAUGAGAAAUGAGGGGGAGGGGGAGUUCUUGUGCACUCUCAUACUUGGCCCCGUACUCCGGAACACAACGACCUUUGCGGGAAUCACGAUCGACGGAACCUACUACCACUCCGACCGCAGCAUAUCCUGAGGAAAAACGUCCCCACCCGCCCAGGGUUGUCCUGCAAAUCUGCAUCCGAAAAAAGUUGAAGUUUGUCAUGCGGAGCCCCAUGAUAAGUAUUUUCAAUUCGUGUUCGCGGAAUUUGUCAUGCUCUAAUCAGCAUGAUAUACGUAGACCUGUGAUAUUCCUGCUAAACUAGCUAAACAGGAUUCCACUACGAACCGACAAGCUUGUCUUGCGAAACAACCAAAGCUGGUUGAUUUGUCUAGCAGAUUUGCCAUCUUCUUGACUGGUGUUGGGACGUUUUUACUCAGGAUACAGCAACGCCGAGGUUUUGGCCUACAACCCCGGGCUGGUGAAAACGUCGCAAAUUUUGUACCUGAACCUGCACACGGUCCACGACUGCAAAGUGUUCCUGUUGAUCCCCGUUAGUAUCGCGCUGGCCGUGUACUUUAUCAGCUGGAACGCCAAAGUUUUCGUCGCGGGUAUUGACUACAGCUACGUGGCCUCGGUCCUGGCGGCAAAAAGGUCCGGCGGGGGCUUUGCGACGAUGAACAAGAAGGGAUCUAGUACAAAGGGCGGCACGACUGGUACUACAACUUCUCACGGCGGAGAAGCCGCCGUGCCCUUGCUCGGACAACCUGUGCAGGCCCAGGACUACAGCACUGAUGUUCAUCGAGGGGUGGUGACGCUAGAGGGACAAGAACAGGCAGAAACGACCGGAGUUAUAGUCGAGGGCGGUCCCAACUACAACAACGUUGUAGAAGAAGAGACGGCUGCUCUUCUUGUUCCCGAUGAAAAUAGUUCCGGUCCUCGUAGAAGCAACAGAACCUCGAAACAGGCGUCCGGCACAACUUCUACCGCAGUGCGGGCUUCGCGCGAAAAUCACAUUACAACAGCGUCUUCCAUUAAGCCGCGGCAGAGUGGGCACCAGCUGCAGGAGCAGGUUGUGCAGGUAGACCUUCAAGAUCAGCAGAAAAGGCGGAGUAGUGGUCGGCAGGGAAGUCGUGCGGGACAAAAGGAAAAGCCGUCUAGUACCGGCGAACUUUCGUCCGGCUUUCAAGAUACGUCGCACAUUACCGCUUCCGUCGACGUGAACAGAAACCACCAGCAGCUUCUAAGCGGUCCUGGGGAGGUUCUUGCGACAACCACUGAGCAAGUGCAAAACUACGGCCACCUGUUCGCCCAGGGCCCAGCGGCGGUAUAGUGGGUCUGGUAUACCAUAGUGGGCCAGUUACUUAUUUUCGCAAGAUGAAAAAAAUCGAUUAGUUUUCGUUUUGAAAAACAAAAACUCAAUGCCGCACAACUACAAAUAAAUUGUACCGAGGACGAGGAUGGUGAUGGUGAAGCCGGCUUUGCCCACCUUGAGGUAGUCUGAAAGAAAAGAAUGCAACCACGUUUAAAUACCACGUAGUUGUACUAGAAAAGUCGUGCGGCACGAUAGAACGACACAUCAAUUUUGUGCGAUCAACAAAAUCAUUCUCAUAGGUCGUAUUCAUGCCACAGGCACUACAGAUAUAUGAGAAACAUAAUAUGGAAGGAGACAGAGUAUGCAUCGAAUGGGCAGCCCCAACAAAAGAUCUUCCCAAGAAACGCAAACCGCAAAUUUGUUACGGGGAGCAAAAAUGAAAAUUGAUGUAUCCCAUCUACAGAAAAAAACCGAGAAGCGUUAGUUAUUCGUUGCUAUUCUGUGUGUCCACCGGCGUUUAGACAAUAAUACCCUUUGACCUGUUCAAUCUUUUCAGCGUUUUACUAUUCUACUCAGCAAAUCGAAACAUGAAGAAAAUUAACCGGAAUUUUCCAAUGGAAGACCACAGCACGAA